AUGAGUAGUAAUCUACCUACGGAUUCAGUUUCCAAAGCUAAACUUACUGAAGCGUCUUGCGAUGUUAACGCUACAAUUUUUCCCACUUCUGAGAUUGGACGAUCUGAUCAGGUAGUAACACCUACGAGUUUGGAGCAGGACAAUUCGUACUAUUCUUCGUCUCUGAAGAGGAAUUUAUCCAAAACUGUAGAUGAAACUCCCCUGAAGAGAAUAAAGAAGGAAAACGAUGAAAAAAAUCAUGGAGAAUGUCCGGCGGCAAAUUUGAUGGAACAAAGUACCAAGACUAGUGAAAUGGAAACACUUUCAGGAAUAAGCAGAUUUCUUCAAAGUAGAAAUAUUGUUGUAGAUAACGAGUCUAUUGAAGGAUACCAAGAGCUUGAAGAGGUGAAAAUAUCUGCAAAAGCCCAAAUUGACAAGCUAAAAAGUCUUAACACUUUCCAACAAAUUGAUAAUUUUGAUUGGUCGAAAAUUGAAGAAGCAUAUGCCUUUAUCUUCAAUGACUACAUCCGUAUGAUGGAGCUUACUAUUAGAGACCUUGAUCAAUCUAUGAAGGUAAUUAUCCCAUUUAAAUAUUUUUCUUAUGCACUUACUAACUGA